AGCCAUGUCUGAAUCAUUGCCUGAACAAGUUGAAAAAUUGUCAAUCGACAAGAAGCAAACUGAUGCUCCAGUCGCUUCUAAGAAGAAGGAAAAGAAAGCUGCUCCUUCUAAAAACCCGUUAUUGUUAGACCCUCAACCAGCAUUUAUCGAUUCCAGAAUUAAAUUAUUUGACGAAUUGAAAGCUAAAUAUGAUGAAGAAAUUGCUUCCAAGCCAAAGGUUGCCAUUCAAAUCACUUUGAAGGAUGGUACAAUUAAAGAAGGUGUUUCUUAUGAAACCUCCCCAUUAGAUAUUGCCAACUCAAUUGGAAAAUCCUUUGCCGAACGUCAAGUUAUCGCUAAAGUAAAUGGUACUUUGUGGGAUUUACCAAGACCUUUGGAAGGAGAUGUCAAAUUGGAAUUCUUAGAUUUUGAACAUCCUGAAGGUAAGGCCGUUUUCUGGCAUUCUUCUGCCCAUAUUUUGGGAGAAGCUUGUGAAUGUCAUUACGGAUCUCACUUAUCUCACGGUCCACCAACUGAAGAUGGUUUCUUCUACGAUAUGUCCAUCAAUGACGGUGCUACUGUUGUUUCCCAAUCUGAUUUUGGUAACUUAGAACAAGUUGCUACUAAAGCUAUCAAGGAGAAGCAAAAGUUUGAACGUUUGGAAAUGACCAAAGAAGAUUUAUUAAGAAUGUUUGAAUAUAACAAGUAUAAGGUCAAGUUCAUUAGUGACAAGAUUCCAGAUGGUACCUCCACCACUGUUUAUAGAUGUGGUCCAUUAAUUGAUUUAUGUGUUGGUCCUCAUAUUCCUCACUCUGGAAGAAUCAAGGCUUUCAAGGUUUUAAAGAACAGUUCUUCAUACUUUUUAGGUGAUGCUUCCAAUGACUCAUUACAAAGAGUUUAUGGUAUUUCAUUCCCAGACAAGAAACUCAUGACUGAGCAUUUGAAAUUCCUUGCUGAAGCCGCUGAAAGAGAUCAUAGAAAGAUUGGUCGUGAACAAGAAUUAUUCUUGUUUAAUGAAAUGUCUCCAGGUUCAGCUAUGUGGUUACCUCAUGGUACCAGAAUUUACAACACUUUAUGUGACAUGUUAAGAAAGGAAUAUAGAUUGAGAGGAUACGAAGAAGUUAUUACUCCAAACAUGUAUUCUACCAAAUUAUGGGAAACCUCUGGACAUUGGCAAAAUUAUAAGGAAAACAUGUUUUCCUUUGAAGUUGAAAAGGAAACUUUUGGUUUAAAACCAAUGAACUGUCCUGGUCAUUGUUUGUUAUUCAAGUCUAGAGAAAGAUCAUACCGUGAAUUACCUUGGCGUGUUGCUGAUUUUGGUGUUAUUCACAGAAAUGAAUUUUCUGGUGCCUUAUCUGGUUUAACCAGAGUUCGUCGUUUCCAACAAGAUGAUGCUCACAUUUUCUGUACUUUUGACCAAAUUGAACAAGAAAUUAGUGGUGUUUUUGAUUUCUUGCAAAAGGUUUAUGGAAUCUUUGGUUUUGAAUUCAAGAUGGAAUUAUCUACUAGACCAGAAAAAUUCGUUGGGGAUAUUGAAACUUGGAAUUCUGCCGAAGCCAAGUUGGAAAACUCAUUGAACAAAUUCUUGGGUCAAGGUAAAUGGGAAUUAAACCCAGGAGAUGGUGCUUUCUAUGGUCCAAAGAUUGAUAUUAUGAUUAGUGAUGCUUUGAAACGUUGGUUUCAAUGUGCUACUAUUCAAUUAGAUUUCCAAUUACCACAAAGAUUUGAUUUGGAAUACAAGUCUGAAAAUACCAACGAAAGACCUGUUAUGAUUCAUAGAGCUAUCUUGGGUUCUGUUGAAAGAAUGACUGCCAUUUUAACUGAACAUUAUAAGGGUAAAUGGCCAUUCUGGUUGUCACCAAGACAAAUUUUGAUUGUUCCAGUUGGUCCUAAAUAUUAUGAAUAUGGUCAAAAGCUUCAAAAGAAAUUGAAUGAUGAAUUCUUCUUUUAUGCCGAUGUCGAUGUUUCCGGUAACACUUUAUCUAAGAAGGUUAGAACUGGUCAAAUUUAUAAGUACAACUUUAUUUUCAUUGUUGGUGAAGAAGAAGAAACCAGUGAAUCUGUCAAUGUUAGAAAUAGAGAUAUUCCUGAAGAUCAAGGUAAGAAUGCUAUGGUUAAAUUCGAUGAAGUUGUUCAACAAUUAGUUAAGUUGAGAGAAGAAAAGAGAAGUGAUAACAAGUUGAUUUAGUUGUUAUAUAGUUAAUCUAGUUUCCUUGUACAAAACAAAUUGGUAAUAACUUUG